AUGUCACUCAAGAGAAAGAGAGAAGCUAGAACCACCGAGUUGAGGGUUGCCUCCUUGACCGAACAGCCGCUGGUCGUGGUGGGGUCCUUUUUCAACGGGAUUUCGAUCGAUCAAGCCACUGAACUUGAAUUGUAUCAACACAAAAAGAAAUCUGAUUCCUUUGUAGUUCAUGGGGAAACGGAAAAACUUGACUAUCUGGGCCAAUCGGUCGAUGAGGCUCCCACCAACGAUUAUGUUGUGGCCGUCUACGACCCACUCAACAAGUCCGUGGACUUGUACAAGGCUCCCUUUGUCAAUGCCAAGGUUGUGGCCAAGUCCAAGAGAUCUUACAAGGGACCAUCCAUCAAGCUGGCUGGUGCCCGUAAUGUAGACCAAAGAAACGCCUUGGGUGAGGCUUUCGGUACCAAAAAGGCCAAGUCCGCCAUUGUAAACUACGACAAGAACAAGAUUGACGCUGAGAAGUUGCAAGACGUUGAAGUGGACAUUGUCGACAACUUGCAACAAAACACCGUUGAACUCCCAACCAGAGAACAAAUGGAUCUGGCUGUUGUACUGGACAGACCUACCCCAGAGGCCAACGUGGACGCUACCAACGUCGAAGACGUCUACCCGCCACAAAACAUAAUACCGAAACACGAAUGGUCUGUCUUACGGGUCAGCUCAUUGCUCGAAGCCGAAGGAGAUCUCAAGGAAAAAUUGGAGUAUCUCCCAUAUUCCAAAUCUCAUUACGUCUCACAACGUUUGGAACGUGUCCUUGCCACGGGAAACACGGAAAAAUUACAGCUUUUGUACUAUGCCUCGCUUCUCUUUGGUGUUUAUGAGAACCGUAGAGUCAAGGACAAGCAGUCCUUGAUGACUCGUUUGGAAGACAAGCCAUCCGAACUCUUGAUCGACGGGAUCUUGGAACGUUUCACCAUUGCCAGAGCGUCGCAAUACGGGAAGUCCAAGGACAGAUCGUUCAUCAUCGACCCACACCACGAGGACAAGUUGUUGUGUUACUUGUUAGCUUUGAUUCUCCACAUUGACAACUUUAUGGUUGAGUUGCCACCAUUGGCCCACGAGUUGAACAUGAAGCCCACCAGAUUGGUCAGUUUGUACAAGGCCUUGGGUGCCGUUGUCAAGUCGGCCACCGUUGGCCAAGCUGAAGGGUUUGGAAUUCCAAAGGCCAGUGCCAGUACCUACAAGGUCGCCAGCUUGAAGGUUCCAUUCAAGCUCCCAGAAAUGAGCAGAAGAAUGAGAAAGAGUAACCGUUAG